GACCAGAUGGCUAUUAAAACCGCCUUCCACUUUUUCCUUUUUUAAAUCUUUUUUUUUUUCACAAAUGUUAGUUCGUCGAACAAUUCUGAUCCUCCUAUUUAUGUACUCCCUAUCGCUCGAGUUUACUCAGUAUACAGUGCGGUACUCACCACCUUUUAAGGGGCAUUGAAAUGGAUUCCGCAGCUCUGCACGAGGAGAUCGACUCGUUCUUCGAGUCAGCUCCUCCGCUCAAAGAUUCCGCUAAAGUUACCGACAAAUUGAAGCAGUUCAUCGAAUUCAAUUCUCCGUCAUCAGGAGAAGGCAGAGGCAGGAGGGUUGUGUGCGUGACAUCUGGAGGAACUAUGGUUCCCCUGGAGCAGCGCUGUGUUCGAUACAUUGAUAAUUUUAGUUCAGGGAAUAGAGGGGCGGCUUCCACAGAGUAUUUUAUAAUGGCUGGAUACGCGGUUAUAUUUUUGUAUCGGAGGGGAACUUCCCAGCCAUAUUGCAGGUCUCUUCCUGAGGAUCCUUUGUUGGAAUGUUUUGAGAUCGCUGAUGAUGUUGAUAUUCAAGUGCGGCAACCACAUUCUGAAGCAGUGAAGGGGGCCAUUAGGGAUCAUCAUGCUGCAGUAGCAGGCGGUCUCCUUUUGAAACUACCCUUUACAACCAUUUUUGAGUAUCUUCAGAUGUUAAGGAUAAUUGCAUUAUCAAUGAGAAGCCUUGGGCCUUAUGCAAUGUUUUAUCUUGCUGCUGCAGUCUCUGACUUUUAUGUUCCAUGGAAGAGCAUGGCUGAGCACAAGAUUCAGUCCGCAUCUGGCCCUUUGGACAUGCGACUUAUGCAAGUGCCAAAGAUGCUCUUGGUGCUAAGGACGGAAUGGACUCCCAUGGCUUUCUGCAUAUCAUUCAAGCUUGAGACAGACUCAAAGAUUCUCUUAGAGAAGGCCGGUACGGCUCUUAAAAAGUACAAAAUGCAUUCAGUUGUGGCGAAUGAGCUGCUGACCCGGAACGAGGAGGUCAUAGUUGUGACAAGCAGUGGGAAUAUUUUGGUUCACCGCGACAGGACUCGUACUGGUUCUGAUGUGGAGGAUCCUCUGGUUGAACUCCUUGUUGACAGGCACUCAACUUACAUUAAAACAAUUAGCACAUGAUCUUUAAGCAAACAGGAGAUACUUGAUAUACAAUAGACGAAUUUCAAAAUCACACUUUUACCCCUUGAAGUUCUCCAUUCUAUCGAAGAUCUUUCGACAUUAACACAGUUUUCCUUGUUCCACUGUUAUAGUCUGUGACAAAUUGUUUUCCUUCCUUGAUUGUAACAAAGUCUGCAACAAAUUGUUCUGGAAAAAUGAUAGCAGAUACUGAACUCUAGAAGGAACUGAUAAACUGAAUAAUUUCUGUAUGGCUAAACAAGCCUUAGCCACAGCUUCUGUUUCUUUUCCAUCUUAAAGAAAAAUGGAAUAAUGAAUGCCACUUGAAAAUUUCCUGUCAAA